UGCUUCACACCGACAAGUCGCCGCCGUCUCACGCCUUUUCCUCACCGCUUCUGAGAGAAAUGCCGUUUGGAAGCUGAAGCGGUGAGUCGAGCUGCGUUUCUCAGCGUUCAGUCGCUUUACAGCAAAAACUCCUCCGUCUAGACUCAUCUUUUGAAUAGUGGAGGACCUCACGUGCAACGUCACAAUGGAACUGCAUGGAAACAGCAGGCUUCAAGAUGGGUAUCAGUAUCUGACUGGUAAUGAAUAUGACCACAUUCCUGCAGCACAUGGUGAUGGAUCAGGAUCUUUUGGAGUGAAGGUACAGGUGCAGGGUAUACAGGGCCAACCUUAUGUGGUACUAAAUGGACAAAAUAAGUUGUCACAACCUCCUGUCUACCCAGAUGUCUUUUUUAUGGCUCAGUCUAGACCAGAGUAUGUUUCAACCAUGAAUGGCAAAGGUUUAAGCAUCCAAAGGCAUUUAAUGGAUUACAGGUCAAUGAGUCAGUUGCAGAUACCUCCUUCAGAAUUUCAGCUGUCUCCUAACACCCCAUCCUCUCCGUUGCUAAACUGCCAGAGACACCCUGCACUUCUCAGACCCUAUGAUCCCAGAAGCAACAACUUGGACCUACAUAACUCUCCCAUCCAUAUUAAGACUAAGUCUAACCCUGACUUAAAUCAGUUCAGUAUAAACACUUUACCUGGUUAUGCAUCCAAUGUAAUGGUGAAAAGAGCCAAAAUCCCUCUGCCUGGUACAGGAAGAGGACAACCCGAAGAUGACCUAGAUUCUGGACACUCAGCAGAAAGUGUACCUUGCCGCCAAUCUCACAUCAUCUGCAGGCUGUCCGUACCUUACUCUGGUGAGGACAAUGGACAUUCCUCAAGUAGGGUCAGUAGAGUUAGACAUAGAAACCAGGUGGAUCCCCAACAGAGAAAACAAUCACAAAGUGCAGGCGCAUCUUGUUCUGGCCACUCUUCCAGGACAAGUCCGGUAUCUGCAAGAGGGCAAGGGAUGGGAGAAGGGCUGGCUCCACCAACCUCAUCUAUUGGCUGUGUGUCUCAAAGUGACAGUCUUCCAAAGCUGAGGACAGGAGAGAAUAUUUAUGAAGCAGAUAUAAGAACUCUAACUGCAGCAGAGUUUGAAGGACCGAGGAACGAAUGGAUGUCACCAAGAUUAGGAAGAGUUAAUUGUAGAUUUGAUAGAGGAAAUCCAACCAGAUGUCUUCAGCAAAAUGGUGGCCAUUCAAGCCCCAAAAGGGAGGCCCAGGUUACCCCUGAUAUUUUGAAAGGACAGCAGGAGCUUGUGGACCAGCCAUAUGAAGAUGUGACUAAACUAGCACUGUUCAACUACCUCAAAGAAGGGAGUGGUGAGGGAGAUGAGAUCAUCAGGCAGAAGGUAAAUGUACUGUUUGACAAGAUCCAGAUGUUGAAGUCAUGUGCUGUGCAGAAUGUGGAGGAGCUGUCUGACUCCGUGGCGAAGGUGAAAGAGCUCCAGGAGAGAAAAGAGGCACUGGAAAGCCAGGUUACUCAGCUAAAGCAGCAACUGGAGGAUGAAAUUAAGGUAAUAAAGAACAGAGAAAGUCUGUCAGAGGCAAGUGGGAAGACUUCAGAGGAACUGAAAAGACUGCAGGAGAAGUUGAGCAGGAGUGAGCAGGCGCAAGUCUCACUCCGUCAGCAACUCACUGACAUGGAGAAAGAGUUGCAAGUUUCAAUAGAAACAGUACUGCAGAUCAAAAGGGAGCGAGAACGGAGUCGGGCAGAGGCAAAGAAUCUGCAGCAGCAGCUCUCAGACAUGCAUGAUGUACUGGACAACACUAAGAGCACAGAGCUCAAGGAGAGAGACACCAUCCUACAGGAGCUGGCUAAUUUGCGCGUGGAGUUCCAGGAGCUGCAGCAGGUGCACGAGGAACAGGAGGAUGUGCUGUCCUGGAAGGAGAGGGAGCUCAUAGCCAUAAAGGGUGCGCUUCAGGAAGAGAUUUCAACCCAUGCUAAAGAGGUGGAAACACUGAAGGAGCAACACAAGGAGAUGGUUCAGAAGCUACUCAAGGCCAAAGAUGAAGUUAAAGAGAAUGUGGCAGCUUUGGCUCAGAAGAAAAAGGAUGUGGAGACUGAGCAGAAGAAAAGUCACGCCCAGGUUCAAGAGCUCAGCCUGGCUAAAGAGCAGCUCCUUGGCCAGGUCCGUAGUCUGGAAACCCAAAUCACCACCCUCAACAACAUCAUCCAACAGUCAAAAAAUCAGGAGAAACAGCUUCGAGAACACCUGGACAAGCUGAUGGAGGAGAAGCAGAGACUUGAAGAGGAGUUUUCUGAGGUAAGACAGCAAGAAGAGGACAUGUGUGGUGCUAACAGGGCUCUGACUCGACACCUGGAGGACACACAGAGUGAGCUAACGAAGCUGAACCAGGAGCAUCGCCAGUUGAAAGAGAGACUGAAGGAAGAGGAGAGACAGAUGGAGGAGCUCCGAAAGAGCAAAAGGGGCCUGGAGCAGGAGAAGAGGAAGCAGGACAGAAACUUUGAGGCAUUACAGGAAGAGAUAAAGAAAAUGCUGGUGGGUUCAGAGGUAGAGACUCAGAAACUGCAGGAUCAGGUGGAUGAAGUCCGAGAACAGAGCUCAAAGGAGCUCAGUACGCUCCGCAUCCAGCUGCACAACACGCAAACCGAGCUGGAGAAACACUCACGCACCUCACAGGAAUGUCAGAAAGAGUUGUCUAGACUGGAGGCCGAGUUGGCUCAACGUGAGGCAGAGUUGGAGAAGGCGAAGCAAAGGUGUAAACAGCUGGAGAUGAGAGUGCAGGAGCUUCAGGAGUGCAACAAAACUGCACAGGAUGACCGGGACCGACAAGUGAAAAUAAUGGAGGUGCGAGUAGUUCAGCUGCAGGAGGCCCUGACUGAGGAGUGCAGCAAUGGUGACACAAUGGUGCAGAGAAUAGAGAAAGUCAAGGAGCAGGUCGAGCAGGUGAGAGCCGAAUUGCUGCAGGAGCGAGCAGUUAGGCAGGAUCUGGAGUGUGACAAGAUCAGUUUGGAGAGACAGAACAAGGACCUGAAGAGUCGAUUGUCACAUUUAGAAGUGUCUCAGAAGUCGAGUCAGGAAGGACUUGUUACCAAACUAGAGCUGCGAAUUCAGGAGCUGGAGGACAGGCUUCAUGAACAGGCGAGAGACAAUAACACUCUGGAGCAGGCAAACCGUAAGCUGGAAAGGAAGAUGAAGGAGAUAACGAUGCAGGUGAAUGAUGAGCAGCUCUCACUACAGAACCAGAUGGAUCAGUUAACUCUGAGACUGAAGGUACUGAAGAGGCAGCUGGAUGAAUCAGAGGAAGAAAUAGAGAGGCUCGAGAACAGCAAGAAGAAACUUCAAAGGGAACUGGAUGAACAGCAGGAGAUCAACGAGCAGCUUCAUAGCCAAAUCUCAGCCCUGAAAACUGAUCUCAGACGUAAAACGAAACCGGUUCUGAAGAGUUUAAAUGAAGAUGAGGAUGAUGAACAGUGGAAUCUGAGUACAAAGUGAAGACACAAAAGAACUGAAUUAUUACUACUCAAUAAUAUUAGAUAUAAUGCAAUGUUAUUGUUAUUCAUGUUUCUGUUCAUUUUUCAUUUAACAAUUACGUAUGCUUUAUUAUCCCCCGCUGGCCGAAAGGCCCGAAGAGGGAUUAUGUCAUGGCAAUGUCCAUCCGUCCGUUCAUCCGUCCCAGGAAGUGUACUCACCUUCUGAAAUUGACUCCUCUCACAAUUUUUGGAGGAAUUUCACGAAACUUGACAGGAUUCUUUGUUAUAUGUCAGAAAUACGCAUAUUGCAAUUUUGUUCAAUUCAGUUGCAUUUUACCAGAGUUAUGGCCUUAUGGCAUAGAUAUAGUUGCCAGCGGGUGAUAUUGUGCUCUCAGAGCACUCUUGUUUAAAGUAGGAAUGCAUUACACUUAUAACUGCCCCUAACCAGAAUGUUUUCAGAUGAUCUGCUGCCCCCUUCUGGUAAUCUAAAGAUUUUUUGGGGGCUUUUUUUCACCUCUAUUGGAUAGGACAGUGUAGAGACAGGACAGGAAAUGAGUGGGAGAGAGAGACGGGGAGGGAUCGGGAAAUGACCUCAAGUCGGAAUCAAACCCGGGUCCCCGGAUUUAUGGUAUGGCGCCUUAGCCACCUGAGCCACGACGCCCCACCCCCUUCUGGUAAUCUAAAGAGCAUUGCCUCAUCAUAUAAACUUGAUUUGAUUCCAUUUUAGUAAUGAUAUAUAUUUCAUAACAAGUUGUAUCUGUCUGUGCUGGCCCAUGUAGAUAUUUAUGGCCUAAUUGUGAAAAAUAAAUAUGACAAAUGUGUUUAAAUAAAGGCAAUUUUGCACAAAA